AUGAGCCGCCGCGUGGUGCGCCAGAGCAAGUUCCGGCAUGUCUUUGGGCAGCCGGUGAAGGCUGACCAGAUGUAUGAGGACAUCCGCGUCUCCAAGGUGACGUGGGACAGCUCCUUCUGCGCCGUCAACCCCAAGUUUGUGGCCAUCAUCGUGGAGGCUGGGGGCGGGGGGGGGUUUCCCCUGUGCCCGCUGGAGACUCAUCCCAGCAUUUCGGCAUUGCAGACGGGACGGGUGGAUAAGAACCACCCGCUGGUGACGGGGCACACGGCACCAGUGCUGGACAUCGACUGGUGUCCCCACAACGACAACGUCAUCGCCAGCGCCUCCGAGGACACCACCGUCAUGGUGUGGCAAAUCCCCGACUACGUCCCCGUGCGCAACAUCACGGAGCCGGUGGUGACGCUGGAGGGACACUCCAAGCGGGUGGGCAUCAUCUCCUGGCACCCCACUGCCCGCAAUGUCCUGCUCAGUGCAGGCUGCGACAGCCUGGUGAUCCUCUGGAACGUGGGCACGGGGGAGAUGCUGCUGGUGCUGGAGGACAUCCACACCGACCUCAUCUACAACGUGGGCUGGAACCGCAACGGCAGCCUCCUCGUCACUACCUGCAAGGACAAGAAGGUCCGCGUCAUUGACC